CAAACACACCCAAAACCCAACCCAACCCAACUCAUCUCUUUUUCUCUCUAUCCAUCUCCAAAAGCCUCGAUCAAAUCAAACACAAUCGCAACACACUGAGCGUUAUGGAGGUCGAAACUAGUACUAGUACUACUACUACAAAACCUAGUAGCAAUCCUAAUCCCAACUCUUUCCGUGUUUCAGAUCAGGUAACAACGGCGGAGCCAUCCCCACCGGAGAAAGCUCCCUUUCGAAAACUCAUCGCUGUAGCUUCAAUCGCCGCCGGGGUCCAAUUCGGCUGGGCUCUUCAGCUCUCGCUUCUGACCCCUUACGUUCAGCUCCUCGGCAUUCCUCACACCUGGGCCGCUUUCAUCUGGCUCUGCGGCCCAGUCUCUGGCAUGUUGGUCCAGCCCAUUGUGGGUUACCACAGCGACCGCUGCACCUCCCGCUUCGGUCGUCGCCGCCCGUUUAUAGCCGCCGGGGCUGGUCUCGUUGCUAUUGCCGUUUUUCUGAUCGGAUUCGCCGCCGAUCUCGGUCACGCCUUCGGCGACGACCUCGAUCGGAAGGCCAAGCCUCGUGCCAUCGCCGUGUUCGUCGUCGGAUUCUGGAUCCUUGACGUGGCUAACAACAUGCUCCAAGGUCCUUGCCGAGCAUUGCUGGCGGACCUCUCCGGGAACAGUCAGAAGAAAAUGAGAGCCGCUAACUCUCUUUUCUCGUUCUUCAUGGCCGUCGGAAACGUUCUCGGCUUCGCCGCAGGUUCCUACACCCGGCUGUACCGGAUCAUUCCCUUUUCCAAGACCCCAGCUUGCGACGUCUACUGCGCUAAUCUCAAAACCUGCUUCUUCAUCGCCAUUGCUCUCUUACUCACUCUCACUGUGAUUGCCCUAAUCUCCGUCCGGGAACAACCGGGGGCGAAUUCCGCCGUCGUCGCCGACGACGGCGGCGAGAUAGCUAGCUCGGAAACGACGCCGUUCUUUACCAACAUUGUGGGGGCUUUCCGGGAGCUGAAGAGGCCGAUGUGGAUCUUACUCUUGGUCACGAGCUUGAACUGGAUCGCGUGGUUUCCGUUCCUGCUUUUCGACACGGACUGGAUGGGGAAAGAGGUGUACGGCGGAGAGGUCGGAAAGGGUAAACAGUACGACCUUGGGGUCCAUGCCGGUGCUCUGGGGCUAAUGCUGAACUCGGUGGUUUUGGGUGCGAUGUCGCUUGGGGUGGAGCCACUGGCUCGUCUGCUCGGUGGGGCCAAGCGGUUGUGGGGCCUGGUUAACUUCUUGCUCGCCGUUUGUCUUGUCAUGACGGUGUUGAUCACCAAGUUGGCCGAGGCCAGUCGGAGGGGGCUUCCUGAACCGCCGCUAGCGCCACCGCCUGGAGUGAAAGCUGGCGCCUUGGCUCUUUUUGCCAUAUUGGGUAUUCCUCAAGCGGUUACUUACAGUAUCCCUUUCGCUUUGGCAUCCAUAUUUUCGAGCACUUCUGGUGCUGGCCAAGGGCUUUCAUUGGGAGUACUAAAUCUUGCUAUUGUUGUACCGCAGAUGUUAGUGUCAGUAGUAAGUGGGCCAUGGGAUGCUCUAUUUGGAGGAAGUAACUUGCCAGCGUUCGUAGUGGGCGGAGUUGCUGCGGCUGCCAGCGGAGUACUUGCGCUGACCAUGCUACCAUCGCCCGCCGCACAGCCUGAUCUUCCCGGCGCCAAAAAUGACCGGACUGCCCUUUCAACUGCUUCAUUCCAUUGAGACAUGCACACAUAAAAAAAAAACAAAACUAGCUUUGCUAAUUGAUAUAUAUUUUUUAGCCUAACUUUUUAUAUAAAAUUGGGUCAUAAAACAUAUAUCAUCAUAAAACAAAAUUGUGUUUUUGUGUUUGUGUGUAUGGAGGGCACAUCUUAGAAUAGAGUCUAGUCAAUGUUACUUUCCAAUCCUAAUACCAAUGUGUUCUUUUUUUUCUUCUUCAUCUAGGUGUUAGUGUAGUGUAGUGGUGUGGUCAUGUUGUACGUAUAGUACUAGUUGUUGGGCAAUAUUUGUCUCUUUGUUUAUAAGAGCACAUAUAUGUAAUGUAUACCUAACGCCUGCAAAACAUGUCAUUUUGUAGUAAUAAUGGCAACUAUCUCUGUAGCCAUGCGCAAGCAUGAUACAGUCUCCUUUUAUAUAAACCAAAUUUUCUUCAAA